UGUAUUUACCUAAUAUUGAUGGCUCUUCUUUGACAAUGGAAAAUUUUCAAAGAUAUUGGCAACACAAAAAAAAUUCAGAUCAAAAUAAUGUACAAAAGAUAUCAAUAUCAAGUUGUAUUAAUCCAUGCAAACUUCAUAACGGUAUCAGCAUGGGCAUAUUAAUUUUAAUUUAUUGUCCUGUUCAUAUUAUAAGAAUGAAGGGAAAGGAUUUUUGUGAAAAUACUUUUAAAUUGUACAAUUCUUCAGAAUCUCAAACCGUCUCUGCUACAGGUUCAUUAGCUUUCUUUAUGACCUUGGCACAAAGUAUCAAUCUUAUUUUAUGUCACAGAAAUUUUAGGAAUAAUCUAGGAUUUUAUUUGAAGUAUGAGGAUAUUCCACCAGAAUAUGAGUAUAAUGAUGAUGAUCUUAUGAAGCGAAAUAAAUUCAUUUAG